AUGAGUUCCAACAGCAAUACCACCAAUUCUGCUAGCGAUUCCAACUCUGCAAAUACCAAGCUCGCAAAGAAUUCCAAUCCCAACUCCAAUUCUUUCAAAGAGUUGGCUGCUAAUGAUCCUUCGCUAUUGGAAGAUGCUUCUACUCUUUUGAUGUUCUCAAAUGCUGCCAUUAUCAACUUGAAUCACCUAAAUCAAUCUUCUCCACCAAACAACACUGUCAAUAUCAACCCAUCCUCCCAAAACAACCCAAACAACCCAAACAAUCAAACAAUUAACAACAACAACAACAUCUUAAACCAAUCUCCAUCUCCAUCUCAAUCCCAAUCUCAAUCCCAGCCUCAACCCCAACCUCAACCCCAGAUUAAAACUCAUUAUCCCAAUAUUCUAUCAAAACCUCCCUCCCCAAUUUACUCUCCCAGAAAUAUCAAUGUUAACACUGCCAGCUCUGCCAGCUCUGUUAAUACCAAUUCCAGCAAUAAAAACAAUGUCCUGAAUAAUCCCCUGAGUUCUAUCACCAAAAUUUCCCAUUCAAAGUCUCACUCUCUCAAAAACCCAAUCCACCACUACAAUAUACACCAGUCUCACUCAAAUUCAAUUCCUGGGCCUGCUUUGGCUGUAUUAUCAACCUCAAACCAAUUCAAUCAAAAUACUAAUAUCAACAACCUCCUAAAUAGAAACAACAUCAAUAACAUCAACAAUCUAAAUAACAUCAAUAACCAAAUCAAUCUAAAUAAUAUCAACAACCAAAUUAAUCUAAACAAUCGACACAAUAUCAAUAAUAUCAAUAAUAUCAAUAAUAUCAAUAAUAUUCACAAUUUUUCUCACAAUAUUCCUCACAAUCUUAAUAAUCCAAAUAAUAUCAACAACAUCAACAACAUCAACAAUAACAUCAACCCACAUAAUGUAAACCACCUAAAUUAUAACUACAACUACUCCUCCUAUAACAACAACAGCAGCAACAACAACCUCUUGAAUAAUAACCAAAAUAACAAUUUAAACAAUAGCCCCACUGCCAAAAAUAACCAAAACAUAAGCUUAAACACUCACAACAAUAACUUAUCCAUCAACAAUAUCAUUAACAAUGUUCCAACCAAUUACUCAAAUAUCAACAAUCUUAAUCAAAAUAUCCAAAACAUUCAAAACAUCCAAAACAUUCAAAAUAUCCAGAAUAUCCAGAAUAUCCAAAAUAAUCAACACAAUAGCAUCAUCAACAACAAUGAAAGCAACGUAAAAGCAAUGGUAGCCGCCGCUGCUUUAGCUGCUGCUGCUGCUCAACCUCUUCCUUUACACCACCAUCAUAAUCUCAAUAAUAACAAUAACACUAUCGAAAACAAUAACAAUAAUAAUAAUAAUAACAAUAAUAAUAACAAUAACAAUAAUAGUAACAAUAACAAUAAUAAUAACAAUAACAAUAAUAGUAACAAUAACAAUAAUAAUAACGACAACUUGCUCCCAAUUAAACCAAAACCAAAAUCAAAACCAAAAAGAAACGAUCUCAGCAACUUCUUAAACCCAACAACUUCCUCAAACACUAUUAAUCCUUCUCAACCUCACUCCCAGUCUCAGUCCCCUUCUUCAAAUAUAAAUAGAGUCAAAAUUCAAAGUUUCUUAAACACUGAUACCUCCAAAAACUCAAAGAAAAUUACCUCCAAAAACUCCUUCAAAAAUUCUCUCAAAAAUUCUCUCAAAAAUGCUCCCAAAAAUACAAUCAAAAACACAAUCAAAUCCAACAUCAACCUCACUAAAAAUAUCAUCAACAAAAACACUCCCCUAAACAUAAACUCCAUAAUCAACCAACCUUCCAUUUCUCAACCAAAAACUACUUCAAGUCCCCAAUUUAAGAAAAACUCAAUUGCCUCUUUAUUGUCAAAUGACACCGAUAACAAUAUAAAUAAAUUUAGAAAAAACGACUCUCUACAAAUCUCAAACAUAAUCUCUCAUUCCACUUCAAACCAACAAAUUCUUCAAAACGCUAAUACAAACAUCAACCAAUUCCAAUCAAACUUGCCUCAACUCAUUAAAAAUGAUCAUCAAAAAUCUUCUUUACCCUUACCAGUUCUUCACUCAAGAAUAAAAAAUUCCAUUAAUGAAUUGAUCAACAAUGAUAUCUCUUCUUCAAAUAAUACAAUAACCACCGCCACCACUACAACAACAACUAAUCCUAAUAAUAACAAUAUUUAUGAUAAUAACAAUAGUAACAAUAACAAAUCCAUUUCUAUUUCCACUAAUACUCCUAAUUUUUCUACAAAUUAUCCUCAAUCUAAGAAAACCCAUUCAAUUCAACAUAAUAUAGAUAAUAACAACGGCACUAUCUCAAACAAUUACGGGUCAAAAUCACCAUCUCCAACUCCUUCGGAAAUCAUAAAUACUGGUCAGACACCUUCCUAUGCUGUUGGCUCUAAUUCUGGUAUAAUUGACUGUAUUUGUGAAGUAAACGAAGAUGACGGCUUUACUAUUCAAUGUGAUAAAUGCUUUCGUUGGCAGCAUGCAUCCUGCUUUAAUAUCAGCGAUAAUGCUGUUCCUGAUAUCUAUCUUUGUGAAAAAUGCAACCCAAGAAAAUUCAAAAAAAUGAAAAUCGACUUGAAAGCAAUUAAACAAACUCAAAAAGUUAGAAUACAAAAUUUUCAGCUCCAGAACAAAUUGUUUUUGGCUUCAAAUAAUUCAAAGAUCAAUUAUCUCGUAAAUGAUACCAAUUCUACUGAUUUGCCUAAAUAUUCAAAAAACAACAACAACAAAAAUUCAAAUAACGACUCAAGCAAAUUUGACAUUGAUAUAGAUAAUGAUAGUAGUGUUCUUAGCAUUAAUGACAAUAGCCAAACUCAAGCCAAUAAAAAACCCAACAACAAAAAUACUAUUGCUCAAAAUAUGAGUAUUGAAAAUUUCACAAAUCCUCAAAAUAUUCUAUCCUCAAAUUUGUCCCCAAGUAAUUCCUCUUCUUCUUUGGGUGUCGACAAUCUGCAUUCAAAUACCGGAAUUUUAAGAUCCUAUAUUGAUGAAUCCAACAUCAUAUUUAACCAUCCCUCUUCCCGAAGGAAAAGAAAAAGUACUGCUGAUUUGGAGAAUGCUGCUGAAUCAACGGUUAUUACUACAAGCAGAAAGACAUCGAAAAAUGAAACUGAAAUCAAAAAGGGGAAAAGUAAUCCUGCGUCAACUGCUGACACUUCCAAUACAACAUCAACAAAAGGCACAAACUCCAAUAAUGGCUCAAAAAAUAAAAAAAGGAAAAAAGAGGUCACCGAAGAAGAAGAAGCCAAUUCUCAAUUAAUUACAAAAUUUGAAUUAACUGGUGAUGACUUUUAUAAGGUUGCCUAUUAUAAUCUCAAUCAUUUAGAAUAUAAGAAUGAUAAUUUAAAAUAUUUAUUUACUAAAAAGUUGCCCGUUAUUUUCAAUGAAGUGUUGAGAAAUCUUGAGUUGAAAAAUAAUUGUAAUGUCAUGACAAUCUCUAAAGGAGAUUACGAAGAUCAAUUUUUUCCAAGUUUGGUUGUUAGAUCAAUAUAUAAUCCUGAUGUUUCAAAUGGGAAACCAUCAUCCAAGUUUACUGGCGUGUCAAAUAUGGGAUUGUACACCGAAAAUAUUAUCGAAAAAAAUUGUAUAAUUAAGGAAUUUUUUGGCGAAUUGGAUUCACAAGAAAGUUACAUUACAAACACAAUAAAUCAAUACAGACUGUGGGGAGUUCCUAAGAAUUAUAAUUUUUUCAUCAAUUAUUUUAAAAGCGAAUUGAAUGAUGAAAGUUUGAUUAAAAAUUUUCAACCAUUUUUAUUACCAUUAUAUUUAAAUUGCAAAGUUUCAGGAAACUGCACAAGGUUUAUAAGAAAAAGCUGUUAUCCAAACUGUGAAGUUAAAUUUGUACUAGUAAAUGAAAAUGAUGAAAAUAAUGAAAAUAAUGAAAAUGAUGAAAAUAAUAAUAAUAAUAAUAAUAAUAAUAAUAAUAAUAAUAAUAAUAAUAAUGAUAAUGAUAAUGAUAAUGAUGAUAAUAAUGAUAAUGAAACUGAUAAUACUUCUAAGAUUGAAAAUAAUUCUGACGAUGAUUUUAACAUGGAUAACGACAAAAAUAAUAGCUCUAAUAUUAAAAGUAAUAGUGAGAAAACUGAUAACAAAGAUAUCAAUGAGAAGAAGAAUGUUGAAAUAAAGGGAAAGAUUAAAAUAUGCUUGGUUUCAUUAGAAAAAAUUAAGGCCAACACUGAGUUAACUAUUAAUUGGGAGUGGAACAAAUUCCACAUUUUUCAUCGUGUAUUUACUAAAGAUACAAUUGGGACAAUUAAUGAAAACAAUGAGAAAAUCAAAUCAAAUUUCGGUAACCUUUCUGAUGAAGAUAAAAAGAAAUUAAUUUCAUCAAUUGAAACAAUACUAAAUCAAUGUAAAUGUGGAUGUUAUAAAGUUGGGACCAACGCUAAUAAUUCCGACUGUAAAUUAAUAAAAAUUAAAAAAUUGGGGAGUUAUUACCAUAGAUCCAAUAAGAAAGGGACGAAGAUAAGUUGCAAUAGCAGUACUAGCACUGCUGCUAAUAAUAACAAUGCUGGUAGUGAAGUCUUAGGUUCCAAUAACGAUCAAAUAUAUCCUGAUUUGUUGGGAAGUUUAUGUUCGAAUCUACCAGGUAAAGGUUUUGAAGCUGGAGAUUUAAAUGGGAAAUCAAGCGUCAGAGGCCGAUUGGAUUUUAGAGCUAAAAUUAUCAAGGAAAAGUUGACAAAACAAGAAAGUUUAACAGAAAAAUUAGCCAUUGAGAAAGAAGAAAAGGAAAAGAAAGAAGAAGUAGAAAAAGAAGAAGAAAAAGAAGAAAAAGAAAAAGGGGAAAAAGAAAAAGAACAGAUUAAAAACGAAAAAAUAGAUGAUGAAACUGUUUCCAAAUCUGUUGAUGGAGAUAAUAACAAAACCCGAGUUGAAAAAGACAAAGGCAAGGAGAUCUUAUCAAAACAACCACCCAUCAAGAGCAUUGCUCUGUUAGAUGGAGUCUCGUUUUCUUUCCAGAACGAAAAAAAACGAAAAAAAAAUCAGCUUAAGUCCGAGUUUCUCCCUUACAAAUAUAAGCAUCUUCCCCGAAGUGUGUCUGCACCAAUCUCUAGCACUUACUCUUCUGGUGGAUCCAGCCAUUCCAGCUCCAACAAGUCAAAGGACGAUUACUUGCCCAUUCCUAUUAAGUUGAAAAAUACCUUGCAGUUGAAUAUUGCUUCUGACAUUACAAGUAUAGAGAAGGUGGCGCUUUCGCCUGGUUUGAAUAUCAUUGAUGUUCAGAAGGUGUCUACGAGAGUUGUCUCGCCAAUUGGAGGAGCACUAUCAGCAAACAACAUCAAUGGCAUUGCCAACAACGACAAUUCAGACGUCUCACUGCUAAACGAAGAACCCAAGAUUGCAGCAUCCACAGCACAGCGACCAAAGAAAGUCAAGAAGUUGACAUUUGCAGAUUAUUUGAACAAGAAAAAACAAAAAACAUGA